UCUUUUUCUUUUUUUUCUUUUUAUCAAUUUGUUUUUAUUUUAGAGCAUUAAACUUUGAAGAGAAAAUUAAAGGCUCCAGUUACUUUUUACUGCUUUUUACUGCUGUCAAGCAUUUGGUCCUUUAUUGCCGUUUCCCGCCUUUGAAGACAGUACUCCUCUGUGUAUAUUACCUUUCUCUUUCAAUUCUCAAAAGUCUACAUUUUUAGAUAAAUCCCAGCGUAAAUUCCUCUUGACAACACAUUAAUUACCUGUUGCUUAUCUUGGGAAACACGCCGCACACAGAUACAUGGCCCCGUGAGUUAUUGACAUGUUCUAUUGUUGCGCUGGGAGUCCCACAGGUCCGAGUGUGGGAACCCCAGCCCUGCCUCAGCCACAGGGCUUUGUCAUGCUAAUCAGCGGGUAUAAAAAGAGGAGCUGCAGCUCCUUCGGGGCACAUCACAUCUCUCACUGCUGUCUAAAGGAAACAGCCCACCUGACUGCACAGACAUGGCUCCCUGCUCUUCAAACUACUCCUCUGUGCAGCACAUGAGGAUUCCUGUCAGAGACAACCUCAAACUCAGAAAACCCGUUGUGGAGAAGAUGCGCAGAGAUCGCAUCAACAGCUGCAUCGAGCAGCUCAAGACCAUCCUGGAGAAAGAGUUCCACAAGCAGGAACCUAACUCCAAGCUGGAGAAGGCUGACAUACUGGAGAUGACAGUGAGCUUCCUGAGGCAGCAGCUCAAGCCCAGCCUCAGUCAGAGCGACUACAACCAGGGCUACUCUCACUGCUGGAAGGACUCUCUGCACUUCCUGUCUACUGUCUCCAACAGCACUGAAGCUUCCGUCAGUCCCCUGCAGAGCCUCCAACAGCAGCAGCAGCAGCAGCAGCAGCAGCAGCAGCAAGUCAAGCCCCAUCAAGUCCAGAGAUCCAGCAGCUCCACGCUCAGGUCUACCACACUACAGGAGACCAACAGCAGUAGCUCAGUGUGGAGGCCCUGGUAGAGACACUGUCAAAGAGAGACACUUGAGGGUACCACUGUUGUCCCUCACUAUGUAGGAAAUAUUUUUCCAGCCUGCUCAUUUCUGGUGGGUUUCACUUAUUGUCUCAUCACAUUGAUGGACAACGUAGCAAAAGCGAAAGGCUGUUGUGUAUUUGAGGAUCGUCCUGCUUUGUUUUGAUCUGUUUGGUUUUGAAGCUGGAGGUUGAUUUUAAGUGAUGAUGGUUGAGUCAAAUCAUUUUAUUUAAGAUACUUUUUUUUUACUCCAGUGGAGUUUGAUCUGUGGACUCAUGCUCGAUAAGACAGCACAUACAGUUUAUACUGUCAAUUUGACUUACUGUGUUUUACCGACAAGCUGCAGUUGUUGAGAAUAUUUCUCUUCUGUUCUGAUUUAUCUAUGCCAAAUUCACUGGGUAUAAGUGAUGAUGCGUGUGUUCGGACGAGUGAGUGUGUAUGUGCGUGCAAGAGAAAGAGAGAUAGUAAAUGUAAUUAUACAGCUCAUGUUUAUUUUUAUUGCUUUUAAUGCAUUUUGGCUCUUAAAACAUGUUGCUAAUAUUUGUAUGACAAUUAAUAAUGAAUAAAACGAUGCAAUCACUACAAAAGUUCCUUUUUUCCAUUUUUCACCAACCAUACUGACCAUCAGCAGCCUUAUUUUCCUUCAGAAUAUCUAAAGACCAAGGGCGUAGAAGUGGGCAUGGAUGCUCAUAUCCAGCCACUACUGCGUAGUCACUAUCCAUACAAUCGCUGUCCGUACUGUUUAGAUAAUGAUUAUGGCACACAAAGGGUUAACAGUCGGUAAACACUAGAUGCCCCGCCUCUCGCUUAAAUAUCGCUCUCAUUUGCCCUGCCGCUACAGGUCGUCCCUUCUGUCACUCAAUCUUCUUUCCCUUCUCGAUGAACGGAACCGGAAACAGCAACCGUGUGUAAGUUGCUAACAUGUUCGGUAUUUUUCUUCCUGGGUGAGGGCAGUUAGACGGAGUUCUAUAUCAGUGGUGUUAUUUACAUUGACAUUUGCGUGUUUGGUGAUCAAUUACUUCAAGGGUAUAUAACUGUAGAGGCUCAACAAGCCAUUGAAUAAAAUACAAUAUUUAUUGCCAAUGAGAUAUACUUUAUCGCUAUUUUAGUGCAGCUGUUUAAAAAACAAAGGAAAUCUGUAAAGAAAAGGGGGGGGGAUUUGACAAUGCAAUGCACAAAACAAACAACUAGAAUAGUUAAUUAUUUACUAUAGAAAUAAUCUAUAAAAGUCUGGAGUUUAAUGAUGUCCCUCACUUCUGACUGGCAGGUGGACACAGGUUAGACCCAAGUUUUUGCACAAACUUCCAGGUGUUCUAUACAUUUUUUCACUUCAAAAGCUAACAACAUGUACACAUCUAUUCAUCCAAUCCACAGUUUGACAUAAAGCAAAUCAAAUUAUCCAUGAAUUAAAUCUACUAUUACCCAUCUUUAUUAAUUAUAGCUGCAUUUUAGAAAUCCCUUUUCAUAGAGAAAGUCCACAACAGGGGAAAAGUCAAUAGUACUACACUGGUGUGAAAAAGUUAUUUGGUACACAUUUAGUUUAUCUAAUAGUAUUUGGUGAUAGUUUCUGGGUCAAAUAUAAAGCUUCAGGCCCUGAAGGCAUGAUUAAUGAAUUUGUCUUAAUUCCAUUUCUAGAAACAAAGAUUUUAUUUGAAAUCUGCCAAUUUGUACUUUUUUUUUUUAAAGCGCAAGUAAAAUUUCAAACAUGCCCAACACGAAAUCAGACACACAAUAACAAGUACCAUGACUUUAACCCAAUGAUAACCCAAAUACAAAAUCCAGUUCUUUAUCUUCACUUUAGGACCACAGUCUUUGUCCCAGUGGACACAUUAGUCCCUAUGAAAGCUUUCAGGUUAAAGUGCGUGCGUACACACACACACACAGAGACAUACGCAUGCACACAC